CCCAAAACACGAGUAUAACAUUGGCAGUGCGUUCACGAAACCUUUCAUCACACAUUGAAUGGCUUUUAAGCGGUCCUACCAAUGGAACCAUUUCACCUCCCCCUCCCUCUGACAAAAAUAGUCAAAUGCUAUAAUUAGUAAUGCCAGUAUAAUAUCUGUCAAUACCUUCGUUCAAGAAUAGGCAACAAGCAAAGUCUUCACAUAGAUCCAACGAAUUUGGAAGUUUGAUCCGAAGAACUAGCUAAUGGGUUUUCAUUAACUACAAUUCGGUAGUCUGCAUUUCAUUGACUUGCUCGCCUCAUCUCUUGAAUCUAAUUUUUUAGAAUCGGGAGACUUGGAUCUAAUUUCUUUUGGAAUUGGGAGAGCUUGCUAGGUCAUUUCUUCUGUCAAUUGGGUAUUCUCAGAUCUUGUGGAGACAUCAUAAGUAGCUUCGGGUACCUAUUUCAGCAAUAUGGUUGCUUUGGGUUCUACCAUGGAUGGAUCCAAGGCAGUUGAGGUUGAGCAAGAUCAGAGAAAACCAUUUCCAGUGUCAAGGGUGAAAAGACCAGAGAGAUCUUCGAGGGAUGAAUUAAAUGGCCACAUUGCAAAGAUUUAUGAGGACAUCGAUGGCUUGCAAGGCAGAAUUGAGGAAAUUAACUCCAUAGUGGAUGGCAGACACCAGGGCAAGAACUCUUUGUCUGGACAGAUUAUUGAUGCAAGGAAGCGGCUCUCAGAACUCACCAUGCGAUUCAAGACUGUAUUGGAGGAGAAGAAGAACAUCAAGGAGGAGCUUGAAAUGGCAGACAAGGCUCGAGAGCAGAUGCGGCAAGAAGCAAGGUCACUCAGGGAUAAGCUUCCCUAUGUCAGGGUGGAGGAAAUUGAUGAAGAGAUAAGAAGGAUUGAGUAUAGAAUAGGCCAUACUUCUUUGAGCUCUCAGGAGGAGCAGAGACUGGUAAAUCAGGUAAGUAAUCUCAAGAAGUCAAGGGAUUUUGUCCAUGAAUAUACUGCAAAAACAGAGAAAUUCUCAGCAGAUGAGAGUUCGCGAUCUGCAUUGUUACAAACAAUCAAGGAGAAGGAUCAAAUACUCGAUGAAAUCAAGAAACAACAAGAAGAGGAAAGGAAAAAGUUUACUUCUUUGAAACAUAAGGAAAGCUCACAGCUUUCCGAUAUUCCAGCUCUUGUUGAAGAAAGACGUGUUGCCUUAGAAAAAGUUAAAAGUUUGAGGAAUGACAUUAUUGAACUGAGGAAAGAUUUUCAGCUCAAAGAACAGGAGUACUGGGUAAAGGAUAAGGAAUGGAAGCAACAACAGGCAAUGGAUAGAAAAUUGAGAUUUGAGAAAAGGGAAACAGAAAGGAAGGAAAGAGCAGAGGUUUGGAAACAGAAGCAGCUCGAGAAUUAUGUGCCUCCUUAUACAGAAGAGUUAAUAAUAUGCGACCAGCUUUUGUCAUACUUGCAGAAAUUUGUUCCCUUAGAGAAAGGAGUUCCCUCUGCACCACAGCAGGCAGGAACUGUUCCUCCUAAAGGUUUUGAAGAUUUGCAUGAGAUAAAAAAAAACCGGUCAGAUGAAGAUUUUGGAGACUGCUGGUUUGCUGGCAAUGGAUCUAGAGGGAAGCCUAAGAAGGCUAAAGGUUUGGCUAGUGGAAAACUAAAGGAGAAAAUAUUAUUGUCUUUUGAUGUGCUAUCUUCAUUUCAGAAAAUUGGUCUGAGAGCUCCCUUGACCAUAGGGGAUGCACAUGGGACUUUGGCUGACUUGAAGGCAAAGAAAGAACAAUAUUUAAAGCUUCAAUCUGAGGCUGGUGAUCCCGGAGAAAAUGGUACGAGUGAUUUGCCGCAGUCCCUUAAGGAAAUUACAGAUAUAUCAACAUUGAAAGAGGCUGGAACAAGCAGUAGCAGUGAUGGACAAAAAGAAAACAAUGAGAAUGACUUUUCUCUGGAUAAAGCUAUAGCUAAAGGAGAUGAUGCACUAGCUGAUGAUAAUAUUGGUGCUUCUAAUGAUGUCAAUGGUGUAUCAGAUAAGGCAGAUAUUGUUUCCAAUGGAGAUGCCAAUGGUAUAGAUCAUUAGGCUAUGUUAGAGCUUGGUAUAGAUAUGCUUUUGUGAAGGCAAUCUAUGGGGACUGUUAGAACAUUUGGGCUAUUGCAAAAGCCCCUUUCAUGGGAUGGCAAAAUUUGACAUUUGGCAUUGUAAUUUUCUUUCUGAUCAGAGCUCUGGUAAUUGGAACCAUAAUUGAUUUUGUAGUAUUUCUUUUGUUUAGAAAGGUAUUACAAAAUAAAGUACUAUUUUAUAACA